AUGCAUUGGUUCAGGACUUGGAAAUUCAUGGCUCAACAGGAUAUAACAGUACAACAGCUAAUGACUCAUUUGGACUCCAUCAAGGAAGAUGUGGUGAUCCUAGAGAAAGGUGAAUUUGCAAAUCUGAGAGCAGAGAAUGAGAAAAUGAAAAUUGAAUUAGACCAAACUAAGCAACAACUAAUGCAUGAAACUAGUCGAAUCAGAGCAAAUAAUGAACUGGACAUCAACCUAGAAAGGAGCAGAGUAACAGAUGUGUUUACAGAUGAAGAAAAGCAACUUAUGGAAGCCACCACAGAAUUUACCAAAAAAGAAAAAAAAAAAAAAAAUGUUAUUUCACAGACCAGUAAUGGAAUUGACACUGAAAUUGCUUCCUUAAAAACACUAAUGGAGUCUAACAAACUUGAGACAAUUCAUUAUCUUGCAGCCUCAGUGUUUACUUACAUGGCAAUAGCACUGGGAAUUUACAGAAUCUGGAAGUAG